AUGUCUUGGGCUUCAGGUCCCUCUGCUUGCCGCGGCCCUCCACUCGGGCGCGACGAGCUCGACUCAGCGCACCUUGUGCCUCAACUUCGAGCUUUGGCUGGACAUCGGUACACGCCGUACCGUCCCAAACAGGAUUUCGCUCCGGCUUUCGCAGCUCAGGAGGCUGCUCAUUGUACGCCAGGAGCUGUGUAUACGCAAACGCGCCACGAUGCGGACCUUGUCGUUCCCUACGGCGUACCGCGUCCUGUCGCGCAAGGUAGCGCAGGCUACAGGUACCGAAAUAUGAACCCUGCGCCCAUGUCAGUCGCGCUUACCGCUGGCUCCCCCCCACUCCCGCCGCACAACACAGAAACAAGACAGAGUGGGCAGAGUUCAGCUGCAUCGAAUGAUGGGCCUUAUCCUUCAGGAGUCGGCUACACACAGGAUCACCCCAGCUACCGCACACACUACCGCGAUGUUCACGGUCACUACGCCCCGCGUUUAGAGCACAACCCGCCUACCUCCCAGCCGUUCCCACUCAGUGACGAUUGGUGGCUUCCGUCUAGCAUGCCGCCAAUCCCAGAUGCUGCACGCUCGCAAUUCAGCAGUCUCGCGAACGCUCUCGGGGACGUUAUGUUGAAACUCAGCUCACCGGCAAGCGCGGGCCCGACCACACGCGCCCUGUCUCCGCCCAGCGUCGAUACGGGUACGCCAUCGCUGCAGAGCGUACGGCCAACGCCUCCGUUCCCAGCCACCGAAGUACUAUCGACCACGCCAGUCGAGAUCGAAUAUGGCGAGCAGGACGUUACGCCAGGUGUUCACUUUUCCCACGAAACGACACCGCCUAUCUCGAUGACGCCCGGCACAUUCUGUCAUGCAAGACCGGGAGACUCGCCGGCAGAACUUACAUGCGCGCCGCGUCCGCCCAGCGCUGGUCCAGCUACGCCAUUGGUGCAGAGCGUACGGCCGACACUUCUACUCCCCGCCACCAAAGCGCUAUCGAUCGCGCCAGUCGAGAUACGGGAUGACGAGCAGGACGCCGUGCAAAACGUUACUUUCAUCCACGAGACGGGAUCGCCUGACUUGAUGACGCCCAGCACGUCCUCUUGCGCGAAAGCUGGAGAUUCACCGACGGAGGACGAGCCGCCACGGCGUCGUCGGAAGCGGACCCGCGGACCAAAUAAGGGCCCCCGGAAGGGUCGAGGGUUUCUUGCAUGCUUCUUCUGCCGAGGCCGCAAGAUAUCAUGCAACCCAGUGCUGGGCAGCGGAGAGAAGACCUGCGAGUGA